UUAACAACACUCUCUCCUCUCUCUUUGUGGGGUCGAUUCAAAACCUAUUGUAAGCUCUCCGAUGAGCUCUGAAAUGGCGUUUCACAAAUACUCUGCCACCUCUAAUCGGAACAACUCCAAUGGUAACUCGGUAGUCGCCGACGACUCACCUCCCAACACCCAACUCUCUCUCCCUACUCGCAAGCCCAUUUCUUUGACUUCUAAAGAUCGACACACCAAAGUGAAUGGCCGUAGCCGUCGUGUUCGGAUGCCGGCGCUUUGUGCAGCUCGGAUCUUUCAACUGACUCGAGAACUCGGUCAUCGCUCCGAUGGUGAGACCAUCGAGUGGUUGCUUCGUCAGGCUCAAUCUUCUAUCAUAGCUGCCACCGGGUCCGGCACCACCCCUGCAGCUCAUGAAAUCUCUUGUGCUUCCGGACCCAUUACAUCUUCUUCGCCUUCGGAAUCUUGUCAACUUCACCCGGGUGGGGUUGGUAGCGGCGCCGGCGUGGCGGGGAUGUACGCCUUGACGGCGCUGGCACCGCCGAAUUGCCGGUUGGACUUGCGUCAACCACUGGGGUUUCAGUAUUCAACUGUUGAAAGAAAUGUGUAUCAACACAUGCCGUUUAUUUCAUUACUGUUGCAGCCGCCGUUGGCGGAGGUGGAUAAAGAGCAGCAGCAGGAGGAAGAGGAGGAUGAAGAGAUUAGGAAUCAAGAGUAGAGAUCCCAAAGUAAGCCAUUAGCUACAAUAUAUAAU